ACAAUAUCUUACGUCCGGCAUAACAAGUAUGGCGGCCGCCUCUAUGCCCUCGUAGUUGAGUAGUAACUCAAGAUAACACGUUUUGAUAACGAACUGUGCAUAAUUGGGUUCAUUGGUCAAUUCGGGGUGUGGAAAAUAAAGGUAUUUAUUUUUCGGAAAUGGGUUUCGAGCGGCUUCUUCGCGGCGCGCUGACGUGUUACUCUACACAUUGUGGACUCCUUCACGCGCAGCAACACGUCAGAGUGCUUCGUGUUUGGAUGUCUACCGGGGCUUUUCCGAGCGUGUCCAACGUGGUGAACCGGCUAACUUGUGUAUCAGGACUGCUCGGUAGGAGUCGCACUGGACUCGCUCACAGACAGCUCUGCUCCUCCGUCCAGCCCUCCAGAGAUGUCACCCUGUUCGAGCACGACAGGACCAGCUUCUUCCGGCUCCUCUCGGUCUUCUGUGGCGGACAGUUUCUCUUCUGGACAUACCUGGGCCACUUCGCAUACACUGGGCUCAGAGACACAGGAGGCUCUGCGGAGAAAGACGUCACUAAGGCUGCCUCCACCUCCUCCACCACCACCACAACCGGGCUGGCUGGGAUGUGGAGUUUUGAGAUGAACCUGGGGUCCAACACCUGGAGGUACGGCUUCACGGUGGGGUGCCUUGCAAUUGGAGCUGGAAUAGUCGGGCUCGGGGUCGUGUUUUGCCGGCGCUCUGUCAACCAGGUGAUUUUACACCAAGGCGGGAAAAUGGUGACAGUGACCACACAGUCACCUUUGGGUGCAGGACGAGGCCGCAGACUAACAGUCCCGCUGUCACAGGUGGCCUGCCAUGCUCACAGACAGGAGUCCCCCUCAUUCAUCCCCCUCAGGGUCAAAGGACACAAGUUCUACUUUCUUCUGGACAAAGAGGGGACUGUGAACAAUGCAAGGCUGUUUGACAUCACUGUUGGGGCUUACCGGCCAGUUUAAAUUGUGGUUAGCACACUUGGACCAAAAAUGUCUGAGGCAAAAUUCAGCUUUGGUCCACAGAUGUGACUUUACAUGUCUGCCACACCAUUACUUCACUUUUUGCUUGAUUGUAUUUCUCCAUUUUAAUAAAAUGAAAGAUCAAAAGUGCAGGCUUUAUAUUACUUAGUGCCGAGUAAACACAAAAAUGCUGUUGACACUGUAAAGAAAAUGAAUAUAUUUUUGAAUAUUUCUUUUAGGUUUUCCUUCAUGUGUGUGUUUACUUGUUUAAUACAUACAGUGAUCUGCUCCAUGAGAACUGCGUUGGUGGCCUCAGUUUCGUGCAGGAGGCUGUUCAUAUGCUCCACACUGCGAGUGGCUGUACUCAGCUUUUGAUUUAGCUCUUCUUUGGUCGGCUCCACAUUCCACACGAAUGGCUCUGUAGCGUAAACCAAAAUCAGAAUUUGAGAAAGACAUGGUUAUAGAAACUUUUUUGUUUCCCCAGUGUGAUAUCAAAGUCUGAAUAAAGUCAGCAGGAUGAGAAACAAACUAUAAA